GGAAUUAUGGCAACUGAAUCCUCGGUUCCUCCCAACCCAACGGACCAGAAACCCCAAAACCCAGGUGUGAUUUUCUCUGUAAAAUCUUGGGUCUAUACUGAAAAUUUGAUUUUCCAGUACUAUUUGUUUGGUUUCUGAGAAAGCCAAGGAAAAUCAAAUAGUUCAUUCAAAUACUUUGGUAGGAAAGACCUUCAUCAACCCCUCCGACUAGAAAUUAAUGAUCCCAAUAAGCUUCCGAGGUUGUACAGCCAACACUUGAGAAUCAGCAAGAUAUGGCGGAGGCAUCUAAAGAAAGUUCUCCACCAUCUGUGUUUGUGAACUCAGAACCAAUGCGAGAGGACCAAGUGCAAAAUGCUGUAAAGUUCCUUUCACACCCGAGAGUUAGGGGAUCUCCGGUCAUAUAUAGACGAUCCUUUCUUGAGAGGAAGGGCCUCACGAAGGAGGAGAUAGAUGAAGCCUUUCGCCGUGUGCCUGAUCCGACCCCAACUAUUUCCAAUGCGCCGACAACUGUUACAAAUCAAGAUUCGCAUGCGAAGUCUUCAGCAAAUAUUAAUCCACAGGCUCCAAGUCAAAGUCUGCAGCCUGCAGUAGUCACUCCGGCUGGUGUCAUUUCUAAAGUAGGAACCUUUUCCAGAUUCCACUGGUCCCAUGCUCUUCUUGCUGUAGGAGUACUGGCUGCUUCAGGAGCUGGAGCAGCUGUACUUUUUAAGAUAAUUGUUGAGGUUGUGACCCCAGAAUGGGUUGAUUAUUUUGAGCACUUAACAGAAAGGAAUAUUGUUGGUCUGAAGGGUAGUGCUACCACAUUCUCAAGACAAAGUAAUACCCCUAGAAGAAUAUCUAUUGCUGAACAAGAUGAUCAUAGAGUCUCAGUCUCAAGGCAAUCAUAUGCAAAUGGCAAUGCGGACUUUGACUUGCGUUCAGGGAGAUCUUCAUCUCCACCUGCCACUGUGGAAUCCUCUGUUGCACCUCACCCAAAGUCAUAUGCAGAGAGCGUGGCAAUGGUUCAAAGAGGAGAGAGACCUCCUAACAUUAGAAAGAUCAAUGAUCUACCAUCCAAUCCUAAUCAGCCAGUGUCUAUUCCUCACAUAACACCCAGACCUCAGCCUUGGGAGUUCGGUCUAGCUCAGAAUACCUCAAACCAUGUGCUUCAUUCUCAAGAAAGUAGUGAUGGCUUGGACUCCAUUUUUCAGGACAAUGGACUCGGUAAUCAGUUGAAUGGAGACAGUUCAGUGCCUUGGUGGCAACGAAAAAAUGUCAGAAUCACAGAAAUUGAAAGUGAAGAUGAACACAAGACUGGGUCUUCUAGUGUGCUAACCAAUGGCCGACCAGUUCAACGCUCGUGGGUUCCUCCCCAGCCACCUCCUGUGGUAAUGCCAGAAGCAGCUGCAGCCAUUCGACAGCCAAAAAAAUCAUUAAUUCAAAAAGAAGAAUUGACAGAUGAUCAGUUACUGGCCCGUUCUUCAGAUAUAACCGAUGAGUUGCAAAGGAUCACAAAAAUAUCAGAGUCAGGAGGUGUAGAAGAGACUAAUGGUGGGAUCUCUGAGCUGAACAGAAAUGAGAUACAAAACGAAGACAACUCUUACAUUGAGACUUGA